AUGAAUGAACUAGAAAAUCAACUUCUUGAAGAUUACAAUGAUCAAGUGAGCCCUAAUGAUAUAUUUGCUCAAAUCAUGGGACCAGAUAGACCUGGUCGAGUACGUAUGCUUGGUGAUGGAAUUAGCCCAUCUGAUUUAUGGGGACUAGUUCCUAGUCGUGGCACAUGCAAUCGACUAGUUAUGGAACAGAAUGCAAAGUUAGAACAGAUGAAUGAACAAAUCAAAAAGCAAGGCCAACAUAUUACAAUGGUAAAAACAAAGAUUUCUGAACAAUCAAGCAUAAAUCCUCUUUCAAAUUGUAAUAAUAGUCAACACACUUCAUCGAGUAGCAAUCCACAAGGUUCUAUUCCAUCUCGCCCAACCUUAUGGAUUGGAAGUUCUGUCUUGAUCAAAAGUUUAUUUGAUUCAACAAAAACUGUGGCAAAAGGAGUGCUCCUCGACAUGGAUGAUCCAAAUAAUAUAGUAGGGAGACAAAAACUAGGACCAAAUUGGUGUGAAGUACAAGUACUAGUUGUCCUAGAACCCGAAGAAAAUUUAAUUAGACCUUAUGAUCUUUUACAAAAGUUUGAGGAUACACUUGGAGGACUGAUAGCUUGGCCUUAUCAUUUGGUAUGA